ACCCCUCUCUUUCUCUCUCUCUCAUAAGUCAUAUAUAUUUAUAAUGGGAAAUAAAUGACUUAGUAAUGUUGUGAUGAUCAUGGAAAAUGUACAGGGACUGUAUCAAUUUGGUAUAUUUAGCACAUGUUUUGUUGGGAAUGAGGUUCCAGGCCAGUUCAGCUAUAAAAGUACCAAGUUUUCUAUAUCUUUUAUGGUCCCUUUACUCCCUGCUACUCACAGAAUCCGAGGCUUGAACAUCUUUGCUACCUAUGAAACCAAAGGGAAUUCUAAUAAUCACGAUCUGAAUCGUCCAAUAAUGACUAAAGUGAGUAACAAGAGCAAGGGUCUGAAGUGGAUCUAUUCCCCACUGUUCUAUGGAAUUCCAGGAGAGGGUGAAGAUAUGAUAUGGUUAAGCCAUUGGACGAUGGAGAGUGAAACAAUUUUACAAUGUGGAGAUCAAGUGGUUGUUUUGGUAACGGACGAAUUUUCUGAGCAGUUUCGGGUAAAGGAGUUUGGUGUCGAGCUUGUGCAAGAGCACCAGAAUAAUAUGAUGAUAAGUACUCAACAUAACACCAAAUCAGAUCCUCAUUAUCCAUUUGUCAUCGGUGGAGAUUUGUCGAUGUGGGAGCAUAAACCAGGAAUAUACGUCCUUGGUUUCUCUAAAGAAUAUACUGAAAAAAGAAUAGGUUCCCAUACGCGGAGAAUGUUUAAUCGCCUCAUCACGGACGCAGAUGAAGAAGACACAGGCAAAGAAGAAGGGCAAGAGGGUGAACCUGAUUACACAAUUGCAAGGAUGAGGGCUGCCAGCAAUAACUGCACCCUCAGAGGCUGGAAGUUGCUCCUCACAGUUGCCGGCUUAUUUUUCACGCUUGCUCUUGUAGUUUGGUCCUCCAUCUCUCUGAAAAAGAAGCGACAGUAGUCCACAGGCCAUCCAUGAGUUUGUAAUUUUACUUGAUACAGACAUAUCUUUGGAUUCCCUCCUUGAUUUCAAGAUGUUUUCUACCUUCAAAAUAUCGAAGUUCAAAUGUGUUCAACAUCAUCAAAUAUUGCAUAAAUACAGCAUAAAAUACAUCCAACAUUAUCGAUA